GGUCAGGAAAGAGGGAGAGAGAGCAAAGACCCUUUGGGCCUGGGGAAGCAGGCAUGUGUAUCAGUGGGGGACACUCUUCACUACUCGUAUAUCAUAACAAACUCCCCCCUAUGAAUUAUUGUGCUGAAUGACAUAUCAAGAAGAUUAUUUUAAUAUAAGUGCUACCUCCCCCCUAACACUUGGAAGUCACAAGACAUGAUUUCUAGCCCUUCUAAACCUCAAUUUAAGUACCAGAAUUUUUAGUUGUUCUAGUUUUAUACAUAUUGUAGCUUUUUCUUCUUCUUCUUCUUUCUCUGUUGUUGAAACAUGCCUAAACCUGGUCCAAGACCCUAUGAAUGUGUUAGGAAAGCUUGGCAUAGUGAUAGACACCAACCAAUCAGAGGUUCCCUUAUUCAAGAAAUUUUCAGGAUUGUGAAUGAGAUACAUGGUUCAGCAACUAAGAAGAACAAGGAAUGGCAAGAGAAGCUCCCUAUAGUUGUCUUGAGAGCUGAGGAAAUUUUGUAUUCCAAGGCCAAUUCUGAGGCUGAAUAUAUGGAUCUUAAAACUCUUUGGGAUAGAUUGCGUGAUGCAAUUGACACUAUUAUUAGAAGAGAUGAUAGUACUGAAUCAGAAUCUAGAGACCUCUUGCAACCUUGCAUUGAAGCUGCUUUGCAUUUGGGUUGCUCUCCAAAAAGAUUAUCAAGAAGCCAAAGGAACAGUUCUCCAAGAUAUUAUCUAAGCCCUUUAACUCCAGAGUCUAACUCUGGAAAUUCCCAUGACAAAAAUAGAGGAAAUCCUAUUCCUAGCAGUCCAUUUUUCUCCAAAGAUCAUAAAUUUAUAUCAGCCACAAUAAAAAUUCCAAACCCUUCUAGCUCAGAAGCUAACAAAAUGUUUCCUUUCUCAACUCUGAAAUUUCCUCCAUCUGUUGGUAUACAAACUUUGCCAAUGCAGACUGCUCGUGCCUCGCCUAAUUCUUGUUCUAUGUAUCCUUUGUAUUACGGUUCUCAAUUUGAACCUUCUGGUCACAAAUUUGGCUCUAGACGUGAUCCCGAUUCAAAUGCUAUGCUUGUGGAUGAUAACAAGAGGUUUGCUCCAAGAAAUCCUCAGUCAUGUAACUUAAACGCUUCAAACGUAGCUUCUCGGGCAGAUUGUGAAGAUGUAAUUGGGUGUGACUUAUCGCUGCGUUUGGGUUCUUUUGUGGUUCCGUGCACUAGUGUUGACAACACUUUGCCUGAGAAGAACAAAGAUGGUGAUAUAUGCAAGUUGAAUGAUCUAACUCCACAAUUCAACAGAGGUUUGUCUUUCUUCUUUAAGGAAAAUGCUGAUAAAAAUCAGCUCGAAUCAUCUUCAAGAAAAACGAGCUCCAAUGGAAAAAAUAUGAAAGUAGCGUCAGUUUUGGAAAAGCGAAAGCUCGUUGAGGAUCAGCAGAUUUAUUGGCCGGUGAAGCUCCCUUUUACCAAGUUCAGGUCAUAGGUUAUUAACUUUUCAGUAGUUACUUUGACAAAUUUUGGAAUAGGAAAGUGAUAAUCUGUGUGUUGUAGUCUCCUAGCUGUAGUUUUGCAUUUGCUUUGAUGAGGUUUGUUUGGAACUUUGUAUGCUGCAAACUGCUCCUUUUUGAAGUGUUUAAACUUUAAAUUCAAUGAGUUCCAAAUCCUUGAAGAAAAAUCCAAUGCUUCUUUCUUUGUCCGCUUGACUUUUACAUUCAAGAUCCAUGACCAAAAAAGGGUAGCCCGACUAAGCUCCCGUUAUGCGCAGGGUCCGGGGAAGAGCCGGACCACAAGGGUAUAUUGUACGCACCUUACUUUGUUUUUCUGCAAGAAGCUGUUUCAACGGCUCGAACCCGUGACCUCCUGGUCACAUGACAUCAAUUUUACUGGUUACACCAAGGCUCCCCUUCUCUGUAUACAUGGCCAUAAUGGUCCAAAAAUUAGACCACACUAUAAACUGUGGCAGUAAUGAUGUGGUGGGAGUCAGGAUGAAGUAAUUGAUAAAGAAGGUCUUGUUGCUUUUGAAGUGAAAUGAAGGGUCUUUUUCAGAAAAGUCCCACUUUUGAAGUGUUGAUAUCAAUGAAUUCCAAAUCCAUGUAGAAAGAAGAUCAAGUGCUAUUUUCUUUGUGAACAAGGCUGUUUCUCUGCUCUUAAUCUUCAUUUGGUAUAUCUGUACUUUAAAAGAGAGGUGGGGGCUGGGAAGGAGGCAUCUGCUUGUGAUUCUUGCAUAAACCCCACUUGGAUUGUACAUUCAAGAUCCAUGAACAAAGCCAAAUGGUCCCAAAAUAAAAAGAUAAGACCACACUAUACAUACACUGUAGAAGUAAUGAAGUAGGGUGUAAGGGAUGAAAUUAUGGACAGGGACCUUGUUGCUUUCCAACUGAAGUGAAGGAUCAUUUCACAAGAUCUGGUUACUGAAAUGGGGAUAACUGGACCCCCUUCUACUAGUAUUUUCUUUCGGUACAUCUGGUAUUUAUAUGAAACUAAGUAAUGCAAAACAUAGUGUGAGCGUUAUCAAGUUAAGUGACAUGUAUUUUUACUUCAA